AUGAGUAACCCCUCCCCCCAGGUCCCCGAGGGAGAAGCCUCUACCUCUGUCUGCCGGCCCAAGAGUUCCAUGGCCUCCACUUCCCGCCGCCGCCAGCGCCGAGAGCGACGCUUCCGUCGUUACUUGUCUGCAGGACGGCUGGUCCGGGCCCAGGCCCUUCUCCAGCGACACCCAGAUCUUGACAUAGAUGCUGGACAGCCUCCACCACUGCACCGGGCCUGUGCCCGCCACGAUGCCCCGGCUCUGUGCCUGCUACUUCGACUGGGGGCUGACCCUGCCCACCAGGACCGCCAUGGGGACACAGCACUGCACGCUGCUGCCCGCCAGGGCCCUGAUGCCUACACGGACUUCUUCCUACCACUGCUGAGUCGCUGCCCUUCUGCAAUGGGAAUAAAGAAUAAGGACGGGGAGACUCCGGGGCAAAUUCUGGGCUGGGGACCACCCUGGGAUUCUGCUGAAGAAGAGGAAGAAGAUGAGGCUUCCAAGGAGCAUGAAUGGAGGCAAAAGCUGCAGGGAGAGCUGGAGGAUGAGUGGCAGGAGGUCAUUGGGAGGUUUGAAGAUGACUCUUCCCAUGAGACCCAGGAACCAGAGUCCUUCUCAGCCUGGUCAGACCGCCUGGCCCGGGAGCAUGCUCAGAAGCGGCAGCAGCAGCAGCGGGAAGCACAGGGAGCUUGCAGACCUCAACGGGCUGAAGGCUCCAGCUACAGUUGGCGACAGCAGGAGGAGGAACAGCGGCUCUUCCGAGAGCGAGCCCGGGCCAAGGAGGAGGAACUGCGUGAAAGCCGAGCUAGAAGGGCUCAGGAGGCUCAUGGGGACCAAGGGCCAGAGCCAGCCAGGGCUGGGCCCAGGGCUGAGCACACUAGAGGGCCAGGGAGGGGCAGUCUCUGGCGCUUUGGAGAUGUGCCCUGGCCCUGUCCUGGGGGUGGAGACCCAGAGGCCAUGGCAGCAGCCCUGGUGGCCAGAGGCCCCCCCUUAGAAGAGCAGGGGGCUCUGAGGAGGUACUUGAGGGUUCAGCAGGUCCGAUGGCACCCUGACCGCUUCCUGCAGCGAUUCCGGAGCCAGAUUGAAACCUGGGAGCUGGGCCGUGUGAUGGGAGCUGUGACAGCUCUUUCCCAGGCCCUGAAUCGCCAUAUGGAGGCUCUCAAGUGA